CCUUACUUCACUCGCUGAACCGCCACCACUCUGGCACCCGCAGCCCGCCGACGCCGCGGUGAUAAGCUGCUCCUGUCGGGUUAUUCUCUCUGGUCUGGGAGGUAACGUCCCGAGACACUGUCAGUUCAGGUCCAGUUGACCACUCAUCCAUAUCUAGUCAAGUCCCACCGCCUCCACAGUCUCUCGCGCUACACCUGCCUCCUGGCCUACGCAUGGAUGACAGCGAAGACUUAGUACAAAUUGUUGCUGGUGUGACUGGCUUUGUACAGCAUUAUUUAGAGGAUAUGUGUCAUUUCAAGAGGACUCAAGAUUUCCACUUCCGAGUGUCAAACUAACAAAAGCACCUGAUGGGUGUGACCCGUGUAUCUUCCUGAUCUGCAACAGUCUGCAUGUGUCACGACACUGCCGGGUGCUCUCCUGUGCCGGCAGGGUCCUCAGUACAAAUAUGAUAAACGUGUACUUAGAGAAACAGAGGUGACCUUUGUGGUGUCAGCUGGAGACGAGCAACACUAGGCCGACGUCCACAUCCCCUUCCUCCUGCCCACCAGGGCUGCCUACCGCAGCUUUCACCACACCGCAGCGCCAGGGGCGUCCCAGUGGGCGUCAACGUGGCAAGUCAUUCACCUACUUUCUACACGUGAAAGCCAAAGCAGGUUUUGCUGGCGUUUAGGCCAGGCAUAGCGACUCAGGCGAGGAGACAUGCUAUAUCUGGCACUCCCCUCCUAGAACAGAACUGAUGGAUCGUCGCGGCCUGAGUGGGUGCAGCAGAAGCAACGAACAAGACAAGAGUGGUGGGGGCGAGCGAGCCUCUCCCACAGACGCCUACUACGGGAGCGGGGCGCCGAAGGACCACCGGGACGCUGACCGAAGCUACUACAGCACCAACAAUAACGACUACAGCAAGUAUGUCGGCGGUGGCGGCGAGUACCUGCCGCAGGCUCCAGGUUAUGAUGCCUUUGAGAGCAGCUGUGCCGGUGGCUAUUACGACGACCACUCCAGCCCGGGAUACAAUGACAGCAGAUACGGUGGCUACGGCAGCGACUACUACCACUCAGGCUACGGUAAUCAUGGCCAGACCGAGUAUUCAGGACAAGCAAGUGACGUUAAUGUUGGGAACUCUCAGUGUUACGGGGAGCAGCCCUGCCAAGGUUACGGCGCAUGCAGUCAGGCGCGGUGCAGUGAGUACAAUGAGUGCAGGGAGCAGCAGUGCCAGUCCUCCAGAGUAGAGGUGACGGCCAAGGUGCUCUUUGGUUCUGUCAGUGCCAUAUCUAACUUGAAGCAGAAGAAAAGCUCCAAAAAGAAGUGAACACGUAAGUGGUAAUAAGUACCGGAGUCACCUCCCACACAAGUAACUAUAGGCCCCCACCCCUUACCUGUCUGUGAUAUGCCCAUUUGAGUCAGCUGUGUCCAUACACGAUAGGGCGACCUCUUCUCAAGUUUUAUGUUGAGCUUCCGUCGCCCGUGAUGACUGCAGAAGGUUAAAAGAGACACAUGGAGUACAUGAUCAUAGAGGUUGUUAUUUAUAUCAGACGAAUUACUGUAUGUACUGUGCUUAUAGAGAAAUAUCAUCUUCGCCGUUCCCUAUCACUUUCACUGUGAAGCAAGGCUCGUGGUUUAACUCAGCAGAUCAACAUACUGCAUGUGAAGCUAAAUGAUUAUGGACGGAGGAACUUUUGGGCGUGUCAAACAGGAAACAGUUCGUGCGAACAACUUAGAAUCAAUAGUGUAUGAUAUACCGUAGAAACCUGAUCAAAUUUCAGAAAUAAAAUAAAACAUGGUAUGUAUCUGUGCACGGCGACUAUAGAACAAAACCACAACCACAGUAAACGUUUAAUGAGGGAAACUAGGCCCAGGAAUGGAAUCUUCCUGUGGGUCCUUACCGCUCGCCGCCUCUCCCCUCUCCUCCAGUUCCUCGCGACGCUCCCACCAUCACGUAAUGGCAGUCAUUGUAUACUCUCUCUAUUCGUGGGUGACGUCACAAAAUGAGCAAAACACGCAAAAUGUGUAAAUAAGAAAUGAAAACAUAACGCUUCCCGUGUUUACAUACUGUAUCUGACACACAAGACGAAACAUGCGUGACGCCCACGGUGCGCCUGCUUUCCUGGAUAACCAAGUUCUACAUUGUGUCACUCUAAUAAAAAGUCAGGCAGCAACAUACUCCUCCUCGCAUGAGCUGAGUGUGUGAACCGCCGACCACCGCUUCUCCCCGCAACCACUUACCUGUAGCCCGCCGCAGACCAGUCGUCGAUCAGGGCCUUCAGUCCCUCAGGCCAAAGGACAUCAGAGAGUACAACCACAAUGUUCCAGACGGGAUGAAUGCCACCACAUUGGACGAAGAAGUGCUAAGCAGAGUGUUGUGGUCACCGGCGAUGGUGUCACAAGGAAAUUCCUCACAGCCAACAAACAAAACUAAUGCGGCAGACGUGAAUACAUUUAUACUCUAUAUAAAGGUCAUCUUAAUGGAUGUUUCCUACUGAAAGUUAUGUAUGCACUUGCUAAUUCUUUUUAUUUUUUUGUUUUCGGUAGAAGUAAAUAAUACCAUAAAAAGUUAGGGCUGGGGAGGCAUGAAUCCCAGCGAAACUAAGACGGGUGUGGAACACUGUGAUUACUGAUGGUGUAAACGAGUACAUCGUAUCAUAAAAGACAAACACGUCUGUGAACAACAGCAAUUUAUGACCAAACCCGUGGGUGUCUGGAGGCUGAGGGCAGGGCAGGUCAGGGCAGGGCAAGGUAGGGUAGGGCACGGCGAGGAAGACAAAGCCAUCAACACGCCUCCUCGUCACCUCCUUCCCUAGCACUCCGUCACAUGACAAGUCAAAGACACCUUCAUCGCCCCCUCCCCCGCCCCCCGCCACCCCGGGACCCACGCUACACUCACAAGACUCCCCAGCUGUGGGCGCCGCCCCACCAUGCCCACAACUCUGUAUUGUCUUGUUUCUCCCUCGACUAAUCUGCACGUACUAACCCUGCUUAAAAAUGUUAACAUAGAUGUCAAGUCCACUCAGGUUAAAAUUCAGCCUUAUAAGUUAUAGCACCAGACCUUUUCCUAAGAGGCAGUACAUCUGACGACACAGAGGCAAACGACUCGUGUGACGAGUCUUGCCUACAGCCUUUUGUUGCUGUAAAUGUCGGAAUGAAAUCUCAACUGCUUUCAGUUUUUAAACAAACGAAUAUUUCAGUUUUAUUGUUCCUGUGUUCUCUCAGUGUUUAGUUUUAUGCCAUGCUGUGUUAAACGUGUUUAAUACUAUGUUUAGCAAUGUUCGUUUAGUAUUAAGGUUAGCUCUGCUGUACGUAGGUUACAUGCAUACACCAGAUACUCAGCGCCUCUGCCUCGCUCUCUUCUGUUUUGUAUUCAAGCAGCUGACCUCUCGAGACAGGACGGACCCCGACCACUGACAACUCGACUUCAGCAUGAGUAUUCUACCCGUAACAGGGGUAUCAUGCAGUGUUAUAAGGACUCAAGACCUUUAUUUAUUUCCUCAGCGGGCCUUUCGUCGCAAAUACAUCGUCACUUUCCUAUACUGUGAUUCACAAAGACGCUGUUAUAUUAUCGUUCCGCUGAGCUUCGUGGUACAACUGUGUUACUGAAUCAGUCGAGUCAUCCAGGUACAAACUGCGUAUCCUCUGAUGUAGCGUAAUAAAACUAAUUUAUGCAUC